AUGCGUUAUGGGAUGAAGGUUCUGGCCUGGGUUGAUAUCUUCAUAGUGGAGGGAGGAAUAUGGUGGUCAGACAGAACAAAUGGAGUAAAUGGUAAAACCAAACCAGUGAAAAGUGAGGGAAAGUUUAUCUCACAGAUCAAGAAAAAUUUGACCCAGGGCAGAGAAUCCGAGGGAGAUCAAGAGAACAGCCAGUCUGGAAAUUCCAAGAAUCGUUCCACCAAAAAUUCAGAAAAGGCAAAGCCUGUCAGCCCUUCUGUAUUUAGUCGGCUCAGUGAACCAACGAUCAGUAGUGCCAAGAAAUCUGUCAAAUCUGUUGAUGCUAUUAAACCAAACUUGUCAAAGGGAGGUAAAUCUAACUCUGUGAAUGGCAAGGAUAAUCCGAAACCCUUAACAACCAAAGAAAAUGUGGUUACCAAGAAACAACCACCACCUGUAGCUGAGAAGCCAAAGAAAAGUACAGAGAAAGAAGUACUUGUUGAAGGUAAGGAGGAGACAAAAAAAGAUUCAGGCGACAAAUUUGAGCAAGAAAAGAUCAAAGAAGAAGAGGCACGAACAGACAACAACACAAACGCAGCCGAGGUAGAAUAUCCAGAAACUCUUGAAUUUAAUCGUGAGCAAUCACAAGAAGAGGAGGAAAAAGCUAAUCUAGAAAGCCCGAGUUCUGAGAGGAGCAGAAGAAAAUUUUCUGAAGAAUUAGGCGACCCCUCCUCAAACGAGUACCUUACUCUGAAACAGAAAUUCUUUGAGAAUCAGGAGACAACUUUCUGCACCUUAGACAUUGACAGUGAAAUGGCUACAGCAGCAGUAGAUCCCCCGGAGGAGGAAGGAGUUAUACAACCUUCAACAGAAUGCAUUGUCAUCUCAGAAAACAAGGUCAAGUACAUCAACACUCACUUCAAGAAAGUCUCCGCCAAGAUGUACGACUACAAGUGCGACAUCAAACUCACGGUCGGAGAUCAGAAUUUCAAAGCACAUCGAGAUGUACUGUCUGAUGCCAGUGAUUACUUCUCCGCUAUGUUUUCACACAAUAUGAAGGAGAAAGGGCAGGAUGCGAUAGAGCUGAAGGAUAUUAGCCCAAAAGGUUUUUCUGCGAUGUUGGAUUAUUUUUAUCAUGGUCAUGUGACUCUGGAGCCAUCGAAGGUGGAGGAGGUGAUAGAGGGUGCUCGGUUCUUCCACGUUGAUUGGCUUCUGGAGGUCUGUUGUGAGUUCCUGAUCCAGCACCUCAGUUUAGACAACUACAACGCAGUGAUGGAAAUCACAGAUAAGUACUAUCUGGGGGAUCUUCGAUGGGAUAUUUUCCGAUUCAUUGGCCAAAAUCUAGCUGAACUGAUUGCACAACCAAGCUUCUUUGAAAAUCUCUCUGUAGAUCUUUUGCUGCAGUUUCUAAUGGAGAACAUUUAUUCUGAAGCAUCCGAGUUCUUCCUUGUUGAUGUUGUGUUAAAUUGGGUGAAAACCGAAGAGAACGGUCGGAGAGAGCAUCUUCUGUCUCUUCUACGACAGAUCAGAUUUCAUACCAUGGAAACCGAUGAACUUGAGUCUCUUCCACCUGAGGUACUGGAGUUUCCAGAAAUUCGGGAAAAAGUCGAGGAUGCCAUGAAUUACAGUCUAAAUAUCAUGGGCCAGUGUCUGAAAUUCGGGGAUAUGUACAAGCAGAGAGGAGCACGACCCGUGGUAACAAUUCUCUCAUUCACUGACGAGGGAAACUUCUUGGUGUACCGAGACCCUACUAAGUUUGGACUCUUUGUGGAGGAACUGGGGCCUUGUGGCUUGGACACGGCAGCCUAUCAAGCCAUGGGUCAAGCAAAGAUUGGAAACUUCUUGUAUGCAGCCGGUGGAUAUGAUGAGAAGUAUUGCACUGUUAGUAGGGUCUUUGUGUUUGAUCCGAAAUACCGAGGCUGGACAGAAAUAGCAUCGAUGAAUGAGCCUAGAGUAUCAUUUGCGAUGUGUAACUCUGACAAUAGACUGUUUGUGGUAGGUGGUGUGAAUCAUACAAUGGAUGAGGAGACAAAAGACGAGCAAGAACAAGUCCUUGGAUCAGUAGAAAUUUACAACCCAGAGGAAAAUAUCUGGACUCAUCUCCAACCAAUGCCAAUAAAGUCUUCUGACCAGGCUGCUGUUUUUGCCAAUGGCUGCCUCUAUGUCACUGGUGGUAUAAGCUCCGAGCCAGAUGACCCGGUGCCUCUCAACUCCAUGUGGUGCUUAAAGGUGGAUGGGUCAGACGGUUGGGUCCCCAAAGCUAACAUGCUCAGUGGUCGACAGGGCCACAGCAUCACGGUUUUUAAUGGAAAAUUCUACACAAUGGGUGGGUAUACUGCGAAGGAAGAUCGCAUCACAUUUAAGAAUCAGCUGAACUGUGAAGUCUAUGACCUGGAGACUGGACAAUGGUCAGAAAUAGCCCCCACUCCCGAGGCCUUCGGACACCUCUUUCCCUAUAGUGGUACGUUGUUUGAGAAGAUUUUUGUGAUGGGGGUAAUACAUACCAGUGUCAACCUGUACAUCUACGACCCAGAAAGUGACACCUGGGAAGAAGCAGACGUGAUUGGACCUCAUGUACAAAAACUCGCCAUCCUGGACGUUGCUUAUCCGUACACUUAACUGUAGCGCAUUGCAUCAGAUCUAAAUUUGUUGUUGUCUGUUUUGUAUACAUGCAUGUAUCAGAGAUAUGACAUUAUAAUUCCUGAGCACUUGUUCUGUGGCUUGUAGUUAUGCAUUUCCUGACCAGUGCAACGCUUGUCCAAGAAAACAUUAUAACCAUGUUUCUGGUAUUUAUUACGCUGUUUAAUUAAAGAAACCAUGACUUAAUUUUGUGUGGUGGUUGGAGACAUGUACCAGUAAUCGUUACGAAUGUGGAAGCUGCUGUUGCAGCAUCGUCACAAGCCACGCCCAUUGUCUCCGUUUACGUCGGACUCGGUAACCGUGGCCAGCGACGAUGCUGUUACAGUUCAAGGUUCACUGCAGUGAAAAUAUGCGUAGAUGUUUUCUUUAAUAUAUUUAUGAUGUAUGCUUUUGGAUCUCAUUAUGAAAGUGAUUGUAUUCACAAUAUUUGGUUGUCUUUACUUAAUACAGUUGUUUACAUACGAUGUAAUAAUUAUGUGUUAGUGUAUGCAUCUUUUGGCAUUUUAUAAAAGUGCACUUUCUUGCCACUUGGUAAUCACGUGUAAAUCACGAUUCACAUGAUUUUCAUUUGCAGUAAGUGAGUUCUGUUCAGUUGACGGUUGUGAAUUUUUUCACGAUUCAUAUGAUUUUCAUUUGCAGUAAGUGAGUUUUGUACAGUUGACGGUUGUGAAUUUUUUCAUGAUUACAUGUAAUUUCAUUUGCAGUAAGUGAGUUAUGUGCAGUUGAUGGUUGUGAAUUUUUUCAUGUAAUUUCCCUUUGGUGUAUGUUGCAUUUUUUUUUUGUUUCAGUAAAUUUUUCAUAUUUAUAUAUUUUUAUCAUGCUAGCUGAAGCAUAAUUAUUUGGGAGAUACUCCUCGGUCGUAGGUACAUAUAGUGACAAUUAACGUAUCAUUGCAAUAUUAGCUGCAUCAUCCGAUCUUAUUCCUGGGGAAACUCAUGGGUACCAGUGAAAUUUACACGGUUGUACAGUAAAACAUAGUAAACCGCUAACAUGCUUCUAAUGAAUUCACCCUUACAGCGAAGUGAUUUUCAUUCCCCGUAGUUUUGUAACAGGAACUUAUUAAAUAUAACGAAUCAAUUUGUUCAUCCCCAUCACUUUGCUAUAAACAUGUUCGUACAUCCAGUCACUUUUUGUUUCUAAUAGAAUAUAUUUUAUUGCAGCUGUAGAAAUAUUAAUUGGUGUUCAUUGAUUCUUUUUUUUAUCAAAUGGUAGGUACUGUGAUGACCUACCUGUUCAUUGAGUUGUUUUUAUUUAAUAACUUGGGGAUUUUUAUCAGUGAUUGUAUUUACUCCCAAUAGAAAUGUCCUGCUGUUGUAGCGUGUUAGAACCAGUCUACUAUAACUAUGUUUAUAGUGGCAUGAAAGGUUGUAAUCAUUUUGUUUUUCUUUAUUGCACAAUCACAGAGCAGCUUCUGUUGUAAGACGUUCUAUUUAUACAAUGUAUAUUUCUAUUUUAUUUACAUUCCAGACACAUCGUUCCAAGCUUUAGAAAAUACAAAUUCAAACAUGAAUGGACUCUACAUUCCGUCUGUCAUUGCCAUGAUGUCUUUCGAAAACCAAAAUUUUUAAACAGAAAACUAACUCAGUUUUGUAUACAUGCACUUCCAGAUUAAUAUAUCUGUUUUUUUCUUACAUGUACAUGUAUAUUGCUAUGUAUUCUGUUGCAAUUGAAAAUAAGAAUCUCCACCACUGAUUCAAAUAAAGCUUUCUAAAUCUAA